AUGACAUCUGUCCACUCAAGAAUGGGUUGUCCUAAAAGAAUACGAGCUGACAUGGGCACAGAAAACGAUCAUGUAAGAAGCAUACAGAAUUUCCUACGCUAUGACCAUGAGGACGAAUAUGCGAGAAAGUUGUUUAUAUAUGGGUCUAGCAACCACAAUCAACGGAUAGAGGCUUGGUAGUCUUUGCUACGGAGACACCUAGUGCAGUUUUGGAUGAAUGUUUCAAGCUAUGAAGGAAAACGACCCUUUGCUGGUGAUUUCCUGGACAGGAGCUUGAUACAGCUUUGUUUCAUGCAGAUUAUACAGGUUUGCUUUAUGUUAUUUUAUAAAAGUGACUUCGUCUUCCAUGGUAAGCCUACAGUCUGCAAAGACGAAUGCACCCCCAAAGGUCCAUACCCUUGUGACAAAACUGUCUUCGAAAUAUGCAAUAUCCUGAUGCAGGAAAAUCACCGAAGUCCUCCGACAGAUGCCUUAGAAGGUGCCGAAUUGUAUAACUUCCUGCAAGAAAGUAUUUAUCACAGUCUAUGA